GUCGAAACCAGUGUUUUAUUACGUAAAUAGUAAAGGCGGUUGACUCAAGUGUGUCAUUUCUACCUGUUCCGUGCUAAUGUUUUAUGGGAAGUAGUAUUAGUUGUAUCACAGAGAUAGAUAUGGCUAAUAAAUUAUUACCUGCUGCUGUCAUAGCUUCUCGCUCAAAACAUUCUGCUACAUUGAUUUUCUUACAUGGAUUGGGUGACACAGGGCAUGGUUGGUCGGACACUUUAAAGGAAUAUGUUCCGGACUACUUCAAGAUUAUAUGCCCUCAUGCGAAUUCAAUACCAGUCACACUCAAUGGAGGGAUGUGCAUGCCAGCAUGGUAUGACAUAUAUGCUCUAAGUGAAAACGCUAAACAAGAUGAAGCAGGAAUAAAGGAAGCAUCGCUCGAAUUAGGAAAAUUCGUUGAUGCAGAAAUAAAAUCCGGAGUCCCCAUCGAGAAUAUAGUUAUCGGAGGUUUUUCACAAGGUGGUUCCGUGGCCCUCUAUAAUGCACUAACGAGCACUUUACGGUAUGGUGGAGUUGUUGCUUUCAGUUGUUGGCUUCCACUUCAUACAAAAUUUAUGUCCUCACCUACACUCUUGACUAUGCCCAAGGACGUUCCAGUUUUCCAGUGUCAUGGAUUGGAGGAUUAUACAAUUCCUUUUGCCAUGGGAAAGUUAACUCAUGAGCUUCUAAAAACUUUCCAGUUAUCCAGAUGUGAACUCAACUGUUAUCCUCAAUUAUCUCACUCGUCAUGUGAAAAGGAAAUGGGAGAUCUCCGAACAUUCUUGUCAAAAAACAUACCUGGUACACAAUAAAUUUGUGUGUGUUAAGUGUUACUAGUACGUCGUUGCCUAAAUGAUAUAUAUGUUUUGGAAGAAUGAGUCCUAGUUCUGAAUUUUCCUCCUUACUUCCAAUGUACUAUUUCCUGGCAUAUGUUUGAUAUGUGUUUUAUGACCCCAUUACAUGGGUUUUUCAUACUCUUGAUGUUUACAGCUCUGUUAUAAAAAAACCGUUACUAGGUAUCAUUUAUGUAUGUCUUACAUACUUCCUUUAAUUAACUAAAAUAUAACUUUUAAUGCUAAGUUUUUUAGUAGCUAUUGCCAAUUUUCGUGUCUACGAGUCCCAUAUUUUUCGAUCAUAACGAUGUGUUGUUCUAUAAGUUUGUAACAUAAAUUCAUACCUUGUGAUCCAAUUAGGUUGUGUUGCA